ACAGACGCAGUUAGAUCCCUAUGUGAGACCAGCUGUUUUCUAUGCUCGGGAGCCUCGACAGUUGUCGUUCGGUGACUCUUACGUUCGCUUCUCCCGGAAUUUGCUACAGCAGAGCUUGUGACAGGGCCGGCGAACACCUGGAGAACUCGACGAACUUCACUGGAAAAACUGCAACACCUUGGGCUGCUCUUAACAUAUCGUCAAGAUGGGCAACUUGAAAGCAACUCUGGGCACAAACGAAUUCACCGAAUCAAAGGGUGACCUUUGUCGGGCUCUGGUCGCGGAGUUUCUCGGUACGAUGCUGUUAAAUUUCUUUGGCUGCGGUUCUGUCAUCACCGGAAACGUCGUCGCCAUAAGUCUAGCCUUUGGAUUGACCGUGGCUGCCGCGAUCCAAGGAAUAGGGCACGUUUCGGGCGGCCAUGUCAACCCUGCAGUGACGUUUGGUUUAAUGGUUAUUGGCAAGGUAUCUAUAAUCAGAGGAUUAUUGUACGUUUUGGCACAAAGCAUAGGCGCAAUAGCGGGUUCUGGUGCAAUAAGGGCGCUGUCUCCCGAAACAAUGGAGAAUGCCUUGGGUGUAGUAAGUCUUUCCGAAGGUGUUACACCUGUUCAAGGUUUCGGAAUAGAAUUCUUCCUGGCGUUUAUAUUGGUUCUCGUCGUAUGCGGUGCAUGCGACGCAGCUAAACCACACAGCCAAGGAGUUGCACCUCUCGUAAUUGGACUUGCAGUCAGUGUUGGACAUCUUGUUGGCGUGCCAAGAACAGGCGCAGGAAUGAACCCCGCUCGAUCAUUAGGUAGUGCUGUUGUAAUGAAUAUGUUCGAUAAUCACUGGGUUUAUUGGAUUGGACCGAUUUUGGGUGGAAUGGCAGGUGGUUUGGUUUAUGCGCACGCGAUCGGUCCUGCAAAGGAACCGGAAGGAUACUCGUCUGUAGCACGAGGCGAGAAAGAGCAGUUCGAGUACAUAGACAGCGGACGGGGUGGACUUUAAGAAAUGAAGAUACAAAGAAAGAUUCGAAGACGGGAAUGCAAUUUUUUAUGUAAUUCGUGUAAUGAAUAUUCGAACGAUUAAAAAUAUGCGAAGUAUUAUUUUUACAGCUGGAGAGCCUUACCAGUAAGAAGGACGUCAACCCAGCUUAAACUUCCCGGCAUUUUUCAAGAUCACGUUUAAAAUACUGUCGAGUCACUACUUACAUUCAAAUCGAAUACGUACAAUUUGAAAAUUAAAAAAUUUUAGAUUAUUGUUCUUUAAAAAAAGAGAGAAAACAGAACUACUGGAAAUUCUACAUUUUGAUUACAUGAGGGAUUCCUUUUUUCUUUAGACAUUAAUAGGAAAUAAUAUUAUGUCAAUUUCACUUAUAUUAAUUAAAGAACAUACAUUAUUUAUGAAAGAUAUGAGACUAUGUUAUGUAUUACAAAUAGUAUGAUUUAUUUGAUGAUUAAAAGAUACAGAAGGCCAAAGAUCAAUUGCUGAAGUAAAAUCGUAUAGUGUCGACAUCUUACGUCGUAUUUAUUGAUAUUGUCGAUAACUUCAUAAAAAAAAAUUAUUCAUUAAACUUUGAUGAAACUAAAUUUUACAAUACAGUCAAUUCAAAAUCAUUUCGAAACAGUUGUAUGUAACGCAAUCUGUAGCAUUUGUUCUAUGCUUAAGCUGUAUUUGUAUAUUUAACGGUUUACAUAAACGUAUUCUACUAUGUAGUUACUAUUGCAAGAAUUGUUUCUUUACACUACUAUGCGAUUAAAAUGUAACAUGACCUAUUUAAUUUUCAAAUUCCGCUUGUUUUUAGCCUUUAACAUAUUUUUGUACAUCCUUAUUGGUGAAUUGCUGACAAUCAUUCAAUACCGUUGUUUUAUAUCUAUUAUAUUUAUAAAUUUAUAAGAUACAUAUUUUUUAUAUAUUGUACAUUCAAGUACGACGGAAAUAAUAUUAUUACAUAUGUAAGCACGUUUAUAUAAUAUUAUAAU